CUAUAAGAGAAGGGAGCUCCAAGUAUCUGUCCCCACUUUGCUUUGAGCUUCAAGCAAUCUCAGCCUCCAGGAGACCAAACAUCAUCAUGGCCUUCAACGGAACAUGGCAGGUCUACGCUCAAGAGAACUAUGAAGAGUUCCUCAGGGCUAUCGAGCUCCCAGAAGAUGUCAUUAAAGUAGCCAAGGACAUCAAGCCAAUUACAGAAAUCAAACAGAAUGGAAAUGACUUUGUUAUCACCUCCAAAACCCCUGGGAAGAACCUGACCAACUCCUUUACCAUCGGCAAGGAGGCUGAAAUCACCACCAUGGACGGCAAGAAGCUCAAGUGCACUGUCAACCUAGAGGGUGGCAAACUGGUGUGCAACACAGGAAAAUUCAACCACAUCCAGGAGAUUAAAGGAGGAGAGAUGAUUGAGACUUUGACAGUGGGCUCGACAACUCUCAUCAGAAAAAGCAAAAAGAUGUGAUGUGGAUAUUUAAAUAAAAAUGUCACUUUGUAAAUUUG